GCAGGGGUAGUGCGGCCGGUCCGCGCUGCGUGCCCGCCGCGGCCGCUUCCGAAAGCGCGCAGGCCCGAGCGAGACGGGCUUCUGGAGCGUGCCAAGACUCCCUGGGCGGCAGCCGCAGCGCACCCUCACUUGAUACUUUGGGUUGUGGAUGGAUGUGGGGAGGCAACUUCUCCCCCCGCACAGGAUUCGCGGGCAGUGGUGGAGGUUAGACGGCGGCGAAGGCCGGCGGGCGCGGGUUAGUCGCGGCCAGACCUCCUCGUCCGGCCUUCCGCCCUGAUCCGAAGUCCUUUGCCGGGCUGGUGGCGGGAUGGCAGCGGGGACUGGUUGCAGAGAGGACUGGCUUCAGGUCUUCUCAGCUCAAAUUGAAAUUAUUCCAUGCAAGAUCUGUGGAGACAAAUCAUCAGGAAUCCAUUAUGGUGUCAUUACAUGUGAAGGCUGCAAGGGCUUUUUCAGGAGAAGUCAGCAAAGCAAUGCCACCUACUCGUGUCCUCGUCAGAAGAACUGUCUGAUUGAUCGAACCAGUAGAAACCGCUGCCAACACUGUCGAUUACAGAAAUGCCUUGCCGUGGGGAUGUCUCGAGAUGCUGUAAAAUUUGGCCGCAUGUCGAAAAAGCAACGAGACAGCUUGUACGCAGAAGUACAGAAACACCGGAUGCAGCAGCAGCAGCGAGACCACCAACAGCAGCCUGGAGAGGCCGAGCCGCUGACUCCCACCUACAGCAUCUCGGCCAACGGGCUUACGGAGCUUCACGACGACCUCAGCAGCUACAUUGACGGGCACACCCCCGAGGGCAGCAAGGCAGACUCUGCCGUCAGCAGCUUCUACCUGGACAUACAGCCUUCCCCGGACCAGUCAGGUCUUGAUAUCAACGGAAUCAAACCAGAACCAAUAUGUGACUACACACCAGCAUCAGGCUUCUUUCCCUACUGCUCUUUCACCAAUGGAGAGACGUCCCCAACUGUGUCCAUGGCAGAACUAGAACACCUUGCACAGAAUAUAUCUAAAUCACAUCUGGAAACUUGCCAAUACUUGAGAGAAGAGCUCCAGCAGAUAACGUGGCAGACCUUUCUGCAGGAGGAGAUUGAGAAUUACCAAAACAAGCAGCGGGAGGUAAUGUGGCAGUUGUGUGCCAUCAAAAUUACAGAAGCUAUACAGUAUGUGGUGGAGUUUGCCAAACGCAUUGAUGGAUUUAUGGAACUGUGUCAAAACGAUCAAAUUGUGCUUCUCAAAGCAGGUUCUCUGGAGGUGGUAUUUAUCAGAAUGUGCCGUGCCUUUGACUCUCAGAACAAUACCGUGUACUUUGAUGGGAAAUAUGCUAGCCCCGACGUCUUCAAAUCCUUAGGUUGUGAAGACUUUAUUAGCUUUGUAUUUGAAUUUGGAAAGAGUUUAUGUUCUAUGCACCUGACUGAAGAUGAAAUUGCAUUGUUUUCUGCAUUUGUCCUGAUGUCAGCAGAUCGCUCAUGGCUGCAGGAAAAGGUCAAAAUUGAAAAGCUGCAACAGAAAAUUCAGCUAGCUCUUCAACACGUCCUACAGAAGAAUCACCGAGAAGAUGGAAUACUAACAAAGUUAAUAUGCAAGGUGUCUACAUUAAGAGCCUUAUGUGGACGACAUACAGAAAAGCUAAUGGCGUUUAAAGCAAUAUACCCAGACAUUGUGCGACUUCAUUUUCCUCCAUUAUACAAGGAAUUGUUCACUUCAGAAUUUGAGCCAGCAAUGCAGAUUGAUGGGUAAAUGUAUCACCUAAGCACUUCUAGAAUGUCUGAAGUCCAAACAAUGAAAAACAAACAAACAAAUUAACCGAGACACUUUAUAUGGCCCUGCACAGACCUGGAGCGCCAACACACUGCACAUCCUUUGGUGAUCGGGGUCAGGCAAAGGAGGGGAAACAAUGAAAACAAAUAAAAGUUGAACUUGUUUUUCUCAUGCAUAUGAUUUCCAUUAUGCCUACAGAUAUGGACCCUUUUUCUGUCUCGACUUCUUGAUCAUUGACCUCUGUUUACAACAGAAGGCGGGUACUAAAGUCAGAGGAUGUCCUUUUUUUGUAGCUCACUGCCCACAGACUUUCUACAUCUGUCGGUAACAACAGAGAGUCCAGCACUAAUCGGUGACUGGUGUGCAUAGCGGAGGUUGCGGCAUUACUUUGCACAACUUGCUCUUUGUCUCAUGAAGGAAGUUUUUAUUUUUUCACCGAUUAUUGCCAGUCAGCAGGAUGGCACGAAAAGGGUCCAUAGCACUAGCAACAAUAGCAUUAUAAUAUAUUACAGGGUAAAUGGGCAUGAAGACUAUAUAUAGCUAAAAGAGAUAUUGUUUAUAUAUUGUUUUAAUUAAUAUAAAAUGUAGUUACUGGUGUAGCUUUUCCUGUUGAAUUGAUAAGGCACUUUCAUUUUGCACCUUUUUUCUUUAAAUUAAAUGCUAGCGUGUUCACUGUCGUGUCGCAUGUGCACCAGAAACACAAGUUUAACUGAGAAGGCUUGGAAGGUACGUCGGGAGGUAUUUAUGCUGCUGUUUACACAAUUACUUUUAAAAGACUGGCUGGUCAUAUCUAGAAAUCACGCUGUUGGAUUAAUUUUUUUUUUUUUUUACACAUGAAUUUGGAAUUAGAAACAGAACUCUCCCUAAAUUGUACUUUGCUUUUGGGUCAGUUUAAGGAUAGAUGUGUUUAUGCUUCAUACAAAGUUGAGUGAUUGAUUGAUUGGUGCUGUGGACUUACACCCUCGCGCACAGUAUUUUUUAAAAGCUUUUGAAAAUGCCACCUCAUUGAGGCAGGGGAAGGGAGGCUCAUUUUGCACAGCUGCGUAGUUAUAUAGACUCAGCCUCAACUUGGAGUUCUUAUGCUUUAAGAACAGAUCAGUAACCAGAAUAUUUAUCAGAAUCUAGCUUUUAUUAGAAGAAGGACCCAAAGAUUAUAUCUGGAGCAAAUGCACACUCCCCAUGUGAAAACAUGAAGCAUUUACUUUGUGAAUGUUUAUGUUCUUGGUAUAAUCUAGGAACCCUGAGAGUUUAUCUCAGAGUGAAUGGUUUCUAGACUAACUGCCUCUAGAUGGUGUCAUUCUAGAACACUGUUCUCCAUAUUUCAUAGUCAAUGGAUAGGAGGGCAAAGGAGGCGUGCGAUGUUGAACCAGUUUCUCUUAUUUAAGUAUUAAAUAUUUUAAGCCUUUAAAGUUAAGUCGAUGCAAGCUGCAAACAUUUACUUUUGUAUUUAUCUUCACUAGAAAACUGUGGACUGUAAUUUAUU